AUGAAAGACGCCAAACCUGCUGGCGAGCCGCCUGCUGAGCCGGUCAGUGUUCCUGUCCCUGCAGAGAACCCCGAAGCAACCGAGUCGGAGGCCAAGCCAGAGACGGAGAAGCGUGCUGGGGCAGCCGCGGCCGCCCCGAGUACUGUGCAGGAAGCCACUGGUACUGCUGUUCAAACUAAGAAUGGCACCCCUUCUGGCGACAAGAAUAAGGCGCGUCGCAAGUCCUCUGGCAUCCCCGAGCACAAGGGCAAGAAGUUAAACAAGAAGCAAUCCAAAGCCAAGAUUCUUCACACAGAUGCUAAGCCCGGCGAUCACUACUUUGCCAAGCUGAAGGGAUUUCCUCCGUGGCCCGUCAUCAUCUGUGAUGAUACUAUGCUUCCGCAGUCCAUGCUCUCAACGCGACCCGUCAGCGCUGCGCGUCCUGACGGCACAUAUCGAGAAGACUUUGCCGAUGGUGGCAAGCGUAUUGCAGAACGAACCUUCCCCGUCAUGUACCUCCACACAAAUGAGUUUGGAUGGUCGAAGAACACCGAGCUCGAGGAUCUUGAUCCUACCACCGUCCGCGAAUCCAUCACUCAGAAGAUGCGCAAGGACCUUAUGAAUGCCCAUCUUCUUGCUGAGGAGCAAAACAGCCUGGAUCACUACAAGCAAGUGUUGCAGGAAUUUGAGGAGUCAAGACUGGCAGAACUGGAAGCGAAGGCUGCUAGAGCUAGCGCCAAGAAGGAUAAGGCAAAGAAAGCUGAGGCACCUCCUCCCGAGGAAGAUGAGGAUGUGGAAAUGGCAGACGCAGAUGAGGCCGAGGUCUCCGAGACAAAGAAGCUCAAGUCGAAGAAGCGCAAGGCAGAAGAAGAUGCUGCUACUCCCCAACGCUCCGAUUCCGUUAAGAAGCCCAAAAUCAAGUUGACCACUUCGUCAACCCCCAAAGCCACCGCGAACGGUGUCCAGUCGCCAAAGCCGGGCAAAGAGUCUGCGGCCAAGCCUGUCAAGGUCAAGUCCAAAGCGGCCAAGACUAAGGACGCCGAUGGCAAGAAGACGGAGAAGGAAGUUGCAGCGCCCAAGGAGCCUGAAUUGACUCCCGAGGAGAGGCGUGUGCGCAAGGAGAAAGAAAUUCUUUUCCUCCGACACCGAUUGCAGAAGGGCCUCCUGAACCGGGACCAACCGCCCAAGGAAGAGGAGAUGAAGCCCAUGUCGGACUUCCUAGCGAAACUCGAGACAUUCCCCGACCUCGAGGUCAGCAUCAUUCGCGCCACCAAGAUUAAUAAGGUGCUGAAGGCUAUCCUCAAAUUGGAAGGCAUCCCAAAGGAAGAAGAGUAUAAAUUCAAGCCGCGAUCGCAGACCCUGUUGGACAAGUGGAAUAAGAUUCUUGCCAGUGAGGCUGUUGGUGGGCCUGCAAAUGGCGUCAAUGGUACCUCUGGUGAGGCUGCAGCCCCGAAGGCAGACAAGGAGACCACCAACGGCGUCAAGCAGAACGGUGGGACUGAAGCUACCAAGGAAGCGCCGAAGGAGCCGAAGGAGGAGCCUAAGGAUGAGGUCAAGGAAGCCUUGCCCAAGGCGAUUGAUUCGGCGAGCGAGCCCGCAAAGGAAGAGAAGCCAGCUGAAGACGUAAGAUGUCCCGUUAAAAUUGGAUGA